GAAACGGAAUUUGGCAUCUGGGAAUCGUAGUUCUGAGGCUUUCCAGAGGCUCCCCCGGACUAGCGCCCUCCUUCUUACGCAUGCGCAACUCCAUGCUAGCCCGAGAAGUUCGUAGCCUUUGUCCAGCCUGGAUGGGAGCUCGGUCCCCUCAGGUACAGCUCCAAGCGGCAGAAACAGGCAUCUGAGGAUCCAGUCUCAGGGAUGCUGUCCCCGGGCUUCCAGGUGCCACCCUCAUAGGACUGAGGAAGAAACUGGACCGGACCUGAUCCCAGCCUUUCCGCAGAGCCCCCGGAGGGAAGGCAGGAAGGAGAACUGGGAAGCCUCUGUCCAGAUAGGUCUGAACUGAGGGGGCAGGGAGAUCAGAAUCUUCAGAACCAGGCGGAUUGGUGAUCAUGGAGAGAGAUUUGGCCAAAAUGCCGGAGAAGAGAGCUCUGUUUUCCCAGAAUUCUUUUUCCCAAGAGAAGAGCACAGAAAAGGGAGAAGUGGCUGCUCUGCGCCUCACAGCCAGAUCCCAGGCAUCCGUGACAUUCAAGGAUGUGGCCAUGGACUUCACCCCAGAGGAAUGGGGGAAGCUGGAUCCUGCACAAAGGGAUGUGAUGCUAGAGAACUAUAGGAACCUGGUCUCACUGUGGCUUCCAGUUUCCAAGCCUGAGAACUACAAUUUGGAGAGUGGAAAGGACCCAUUGAUGCUUGAGAAAAAAGUACCCAAAAGCAGCUAUUCAGAGUUGGAAAGUAGACCUGAGAGUAAAGAUUCAACUUCAGUGCAAGAUUUUUCCAAAGAAGAAUCAUGCCAAAUUGCAAUAAUAGACAGACUGACAGGGAAUAGUGUCUAUGAAACCAACUUGGAAACAACUCUUGAAUGUGAAAAUUUGUUGGAGAAUCAGCAAGGAAAUCAGAGGAGACACUUGAAGGAAAUGUUUACUUACAUGAAUUCACUCCCUGAAGAAACAGCUCAUGAACAUAAUAUAUAUUGGAAAAACUUUAGCCAGAAGUCUGUCCUUCUUGCUCAGGACAGAGUUCCAAAAGGAACCUAUGCCUUUCAUACACUUGAAAAAAGACUGAAACAGAAAUCAAACUUAAGGAAGAAGCAGAGAAUCUAUAAAGAGAAAAAACCUCAUAAAUGUAAUGAUUGUGGUGAACUCUUCACUUACCAUUCAGUGCUUAUUCGACACCAGAGAGUCCAUACUGGAGAGAAACCCUAUAGCUGCAGUGAAUGUGGGAAAUCUUUUAGUCACAGAGCUAAUUUAACUAAACAUCAGAGAACUCAUACUAGAAUUCUCUUUGAGUGCAGUGAAUGCAAGAAAGCCUUCACAGAAAGUUCCUCCCUUGCAAUACAUCAGAGAAUUCACAUUGGAGAGAGACCUUAUGAAUGCAGUGAAUGUGGGAAAGGAUUUAAUCGAAGUACCCAUCUGGUGCAGCAUCAGUUGAUUCAUACUGGGGUGAAGCCUUAUGAAUGUAAUGAAUGUGAUAAAGCUUUCAUUCAUUCAUCAGCACUCAUCAAACAUCAGAGAACUCAUACUGGGGAGAAACCCUAUAAAUGUAAGGAAUGUGGGAAAGCUUUUAGCCAUUGCUCAUCCCUUACUAAACAUCAGAGAGUUCAUACUGGAGAAAAGCCAUAUGAAUGUAGUGAAUGUGGAAAAACCUUUAGUCAGAGCACACAUCUUGUUCAGCAUCAAAGAAUUCAUACUGGAGAGAAACCCUAUGAAUGUAAUGAAUGUGGGAAAACCUUCAGCCGGAGUUCAAACUUUGCUAAACAUCAAAGAAUACAUAUUGGAAAGAAACCAUACAAAUGUAGUGAAUGUGGAAAAGCUUUUAUUCAUUCAUCAGCUCUUAUUCAACAUCAGAGAACUCAUACUGGAGAGAAACCCUACAGAUGUAAUGAAUGUGGGAAAAGCUUUAAGUGUAGUUCAUCCCUCAUCAGACAUCAAAGAAUUCAUACAGAAGAGCAACCCUGAAAAUUACUAAAUGUGAAGAAAUGUAAGUUGGUUUUAUCACUGUGUUAAAUAUAGGAGUAUAUAAGUGACCCUUAAAAUGCUGCUUAUGGACCAGUUUUGUAUGCAUCUAAUUUUACUUGCAUAGUAUGUAUUUUUGAGCCAUAAACAAAAUGUUCCUUAUAUCCAUUGAUUUGAUCAUUAUGAAAGAUACUUUACAGAGAUUUCAGGUUUUGAUCCCUAACUCUUCCCCAAUACCCUUUUGUGAAAUUCAAGAAAUCCUUAGUAGUGGGUAGCAAUGUAAUAAUUCUGGAAUUCAUUUUUUUCUCUUUUUUACAUUAUAGCCCUGUUAUAGCUUUUCACUUUGCAAAGAAAUUAUUAUUGGGUAGGUUAGGCAGAGGGUUCAUAUCCUUAUCAUAAGAAAGACAUAGUUGUUCCUCUUUGAAUCCAAAGUAGAAAUCUACAUUUACAGAUACUUUCAUUUCUCCAGUGUCAUUUCUUUUAUAUUAGUUAUAGAAAGUUAAAGGUUAAAAGGUGAAAUAUGCUUUGAAUUUCCUCUCUCCACAAAGGCUAUUCUCUAAUUUGAUUAACAGAAAUAGAAUGUAUUUACAGCUGGCUGUAAGUUACCUUUACAUGGGUUAUGCUGGUCAUAGAGUUAGAUAAUUGCUGGGUAGAACUUCAUUUUCUACUUGCUUGGAAGUUACCCUGAAGUAGUAUGGGUCAGAAUCUUAAAUACAAUUUUUGAUCAAGUCCCUCUCUUCUUAUCCUUGGCAUUCAUUGAAUGUAUCUUUGGUUUUCUAUAAUUAGAGUAUUAAGGAGAUUUCAUUUCUUUACAUUAUUCCACUCUCUGUAUUCCAUGCUUUGUCACUUUGAGGAAAAGUUGCUGGGAUGUUGAGGGUCUGAAAAGUUGAUGGGUUUAAUGUGUUAGCAUAUUUAGGAUCCUAGUCCAGAAAGAUAACUGAAGCAACUGUGAGACAGAAAAGGAACCGAAGGAAUGAAAGAAAUACCUUCCUGUUAGAUAGGUUAAAUAGUGACUCACUUGACAGUAAGCAGCUUCUCUCUAUAAAGAAGUUGUCAUUUUCUGACUUUCAUGUAUACCCACAUUUUUUGUUCUUGUUCUCUCUGUAUGUUGGUUAGUCUUUGCUAUAUCCCAGAGCCAUAAAGAAGAUUGAAAAGGCAUGAAACCACAUGAUAUAUUGACAUACUUACUUGGUUGACGAAAGACCAGUAAUGUGAUUGGGAACACAAAAGCAAAAGUUCAGAUAAAUAUUUAGCAAAACACUAUACAAAAAUUAGGAUUUUUUGCUGUUGUUAUUCUAUUAAUACAUAUUAUGUGAAAAGAUUAUAGAAAAAGUAGGAAACAGUAGUUAUAGAUUUCUUCUUCUAAUUCUACCUUUUAUGAACAUUCAGCACCAGUCCAUGUUUUGCUCCCUUCUUGUUAUUCCUGUGACUUAUAAUUCCUUUUCGUAUACUUUAGUUCUAUUAUUGAAGAAAAGUAGAAUAACAUUUUAAAAAGGGGUGGUAGUGGACAGCAAGAUCAUUAAGGAUGGAUGGAGUAUAAAUCCAGCAAUGGUUGAAAUCCAACAAUAUGAAAGAAAUGGGACUGAAAGGACUUGGAAAAGUUUUAUAAAGAAUUUUUAAAAACACAUUGAAAGGGGUGGAGGUGGUUGGAAGGCUCAAGGUCUGAGAGGUCAGAAUAGGAAGAUGGCUGAUAAACAAAAUAAAGGAAAGGGAGCUCAACCCUUUUUAUCACCUUAAUCAAUAAUGGUCUAAAAAAGGAAUUGACAAACUGGUCUAGACCUGCAGACCAAGUAUGUCUACUGCUAUUUCUAUAAGUAAUGAUUAAUUGGAGUUCAGCCAUGCUCAUUCAUUUAGAUGUUGUUUGGCUGUUUUAUACUAUAAUGGCAGAGUUAAAUAGUUGCAGCAGAGAGUAUAUAUAUGUCCUGAAAAGCCUAAGGUAUUUGCUAUUUCUUAAUGUGCCAAAUGCUUGAGUGACAGUAAAUGCAUCAUUUGGGAGCCAAAAUUUGACUAAUAAAAUAACAUCAGCAUGGAGGGGAGGGGGCGGAGGCAACGGGGAAAAAAAAAAAUAACAUCAGCAUGGGCUUUUCAACACUGGGUUUUAAUACUGCCACCUCUGUUUAGCAAUUCUGUCACCUGGGAAGGCUACUUAUUUUCUGAGCCUCACUUUUUUACCUGCAAAAUGGGAAUAAAUCAUCACUCAUAAGGUUAUUGUGAAGACUAAAUAUGACAAUGCAAGUAAAGGACAUAGUACGCAAUAAAUUAUAUAGAGUCUCUUCCCUUUCCCCUCCCUCUCCCUCCCUUUCUCUUUCUUUAUGUAUACACAUAUUUUAAUGAAGUGUUAUCUUAGUUCAUUUGGGCUGCUAUAACAAAAUAUCUUAGACUGAGUGGCUUACACAUAACAUUUAACAUCACAGUUCUGGAGAGUAGGGAGUCUAAGAUCAAGGCCCCAGCAGAUUUAUUGUCUGAUGAGGGGAUUCAUGUUUCCCCUCAAAGGCAGCUAUCUUUUCACUGUAUACUCACAUUCUGAAAGGGCAAGAGAGCUUUGUGGCUUCUUUUAUGAGGUUACUGACCCUGUUCAUGAGAGUUUGGCUAUCAUGACCUAAUCACCUUUUAAAGGCCCCACCCCCUACUACCAUCACAUUGGAAUCAAGUUUCAACCUGAAUUUUGGGAGAACACAAACAUUCUUGUAAUCUAAUUGCAGUUUAAGUGGUGUUAAAGGAUUUGCUCUGUUAGUUUUACUGAGAACUCUGGCCCUUUACAUUUCAGUAUUUGUUCUUUUUAUACCUGGUGUUAAAUCUAUGGGUUUGUAUGUUGACAGGAAUCCUGGAGGUUUUAGCAGUCUGCUUUUCAAAUGUUUUUGGUUACCUAUAAACCAAAUUUGACUGUUCUUAUUGGCCCACUGUCAAUAAAGAUGUUUAUAUAUUUCUUGUCAGAAACUUUUGUAAAUUGCUCUCAUAUCAUUCAGGAAACCAGUCACAUUUCUAAUUAUUCAUCUGGGCUUCACAACUUCUUGAGACAUAGCUUGGGGAAUACCCUCCACAACCCAUGUAUCUGUGAGAAGGUUAAAGAGUAGAGGAAGGAUAUUUCUAUGAAAGAGUCCUUGGGCCAAGUACAGGCACCACUCACUUAGGGGAAAAAAGGAGGGAAGAAUGGACUUCAUAUAAAACAUACAGGCAAGAUAGGUAGGCAAGAUAGGGUAAAAAACUGAUUUAGUGUGAAUUUUAAAUUACAUCUGGCCUUCAGGAGGACAACAUAAUAUCACUGAAAAAUACAAAGUGGUAACAUAAGAAUACCAAACAUUCAGAUUAUUGGCAAUUAACUAAUUCAAUUAUCUAUUAAAAAUCUCAUCAUUGUUUUAUUUUCUCAGAUGAGUUUUAACUUUUUAAAAAAAUAUGUUACAACAGGACUCUGGUUGGAAGCUCUUUGUCCCUGCUUUCUCCCUUUCCUUACCCAAUUCUUUUCUAGACCUCACCGCGGCAGUCUUGGAAUCCAAAGCCAAAUGAGCUGUCCCUCACCAUAGGUAUUAUUGGCAAGGAAGAAGUUGUGUUCUUCUGUGGUAAUAUGUAUAAUGUGACACCUAUGGAUUACCUUGUACUUCUAAUUAAUGUCAUCAGAAAAUUACAUAUUUUCACUGAAUUGUUCUUUACAUUUUUCACACUGUAACCUGUUAUUUUUUAACCUAUAUUCAUCCCUAAACCAGAUAAUUUGUCUUUAGAUUGAGUUGACUAUACAUAAAAUGUACAGUCCAUUUACCUGUAAACAAUCAUCAUGUCAGAAAAUUCACCUAUCUGAGAAACCUAAGGGGUGAAACCUGACACUCAGACAUUGCUAGAUCAAGGACUGGUUACCUCCAUAUUAGCUAUAUUUUCAUCAGUCUCCUCCAGUGAUGUUAAAUCCCUCCACUGGCAGUUGCAAGCUAGUAUGGUUCUUAACAUUUACAAUCUCAAGAAUACUUCUUUGUAAAUAGUUCCAGCAAAAUCUCUUAAGACUACUUCCCAACUUUGCUUGAGUAAUGCUGAUCAUUGAACUGUUUACUGCCUUGAAUUGGGGUCCUCAAUGACCAGGCCCGACUCCAUGUAAAACCCUGGGGUAGGGGAGGCUAAAGUCUGCCCCUAAAAGAAAUCCAGAGUUGCUGGGUUAAAUAAAAUAAUCAUGUCAACUGUAGUUGAUUGGCAAACUUCAGCAUAAAUAAAAAUAUCCAAUCUCCUCUCCAUAUUAUUCAAAAAAAAAAAAGAAGAAGAAGAAACUUUUCCAAAAAUCAGCAACAAACUGAUAGAAGGCCAAAAUCUAAGAAAAUCUUCACAACAUUGACACAACAGGGUCUCUGUGGAGAUUACAAGAGAUAACAUGAAAAUGCUUUGUAAAGCAUGUUGCAGAGUUAUAAUAAUUUUCAAUUGUUCAGUGUCAUGCCUCUGGUAUUGUAUAAUAUAUGUACAAAAAGUAUAUACCUCUCACCAGAGUGCCAAUUCUUAACACUAACUUAUGCUACCUGUCCAGUGUGGGUCAGCAAGGAGUCUUUGCUCAGUAGUUAUAUUCCCAGUGUGAUACAGAGCAGCCACUGUCUUAAACAUUACUUUUGCCAAAGCAAAGCCAUGAUUAUUACAUGUAUAGUUGACUCAAUUCCCGAUCUUAUGAUUCAUGAAUCCCAUGUUGUAGUAACUUAACUGGUCUAUCCAGGACACUUAGUUUGUGAAAACCCAUUUCAGGCAAGCUUAAACAAAAAGGUUACCAUGAUUAAGUUUCAGAUAUGACUGCAUUUAGAUGUUCAAAAGAUGUCGUAAGAUCCUUCUCUUGCUAGCUUGACUCUUUUCCUCCAAAUUGGUUUUAUUUUCAGGCAGGCAUAAUGGCAGAGAUAGUCACUGGCAGCUUUGACUUGAGAUGCUGACAAUUGUUGAUUCCAGAGUAAAGAGUAUUUCAUCGUCCAUAGUGCUAUUGAGAGUUGCAAGAUGGAUUCUGAUUAAAUGACUUGCACCCCAUACCAUCCUUAAGCCAGUACUAUGGCCAAGGGAAUUGGGUACUCUGAGAAGGGUAGAAAAGAAGGGGUGAAGAGAAAAUGUGCUGAACAGGAAAAAAAAAAAAAAACCUGAGAAUUUAUGCCUACCCAGUCAAGGGAUGGAGACUGUACUUACUAAGA